AUGACAAAUCAACCUGACGAAGAAUUAAUCCCAGCGGUGUCGAGUCUUCUUGCCGGCAAAACUCUGCCAGUGGUCGAUGUAAAACGGUACGAUAGAGAGACAAUGAUGAAGCUUCGAGUGACAGAGCUCAGCAUGACGCGACCAGAUAACUUAUCUGUAGACUUUAAUGGUGAUGAUGGAAAGUUCUCUCCGCUAAAAUGGCUCGAACACAGAUGGGAAGUUGAAGGCAUAAAGAAUCGCCCUUCGUCGAAAAAAUUGGAAUCACUUUGCGCUGGCGCUGAUGAUAAUACGGGUCUGUCGCCACAACGACGGGCAUUCUCGAACGGAUGCCGUGCGCCAACCGACGGUGACAAAGGAAAAGACGACAAUGGCGAACGACUUGGCGGACAUGGAAAAAAUUGGAGAAAUGGAAGCUCGGGUGGUGCCGAAAAGUACGCCACGAAAGGAAACGACUUCAAACUUCCAUUCCAGAAGGCCGGAUUUGAGCGAGGAAAUCGUAACGAGUGGAAACGCGGCGAAAAGGACACUCGUCCAGGAAUCUCGAAAUAUGGUCAAAGACGUGAUGAACGCGGCGGAAGUGUUGGCGGCUGCGAGAAAUUGCCGGAAUGGGCUGAUGGUCCUACCACGAUGGAUGACAUGAUCGAAUUGCGCGGAUUUGAGGAACCCAAGAAAGGAAAGAAAAAGUCCGGAAAAGAGAAAGAGAACCAAAAGAAGGAGAAGGAUGUUUCCAAAUCGUCGAAAACUGAGGACGUUUCUUCGUUAGCCAACGUGUCAAGACCAUCUUCUGCGGGACUUGCAAACAAUAAGGGAAAUGUGGAGAGAAUUGAGGAUACUGCCAUUGAAACUGCUGAAAUCGCGUUCCCGUCGACGGCUGCUCUUCCGGAAUCGGAUCAAGAACUUGCGGCUCUUCUUGGAAUUGUGGAUCCGAACAAUGCUACUAAUGCGAAAAAAGAAAAUGACGCUCCAACUCCCGUAAGUGGAAGUCGAUUGAGCCGUUUCUUCGCUAAUAAGAAUGCUGAUAACUCUGGGGAUUCGGAUGGAAAUGAGCGUGAUGAGAACUCGCAGAAUCCGAUUUUUGCGAAAAUUCUUGGACAUCAGAAUUCUGGAGCCGAUUCGCCGGCGAAUGGACUUGCGUCAUUGGGAUUGACAAAUAUCAAAGGCGGAAUUCGAUUGGAGGAUAUUGAAAAGGGGCUGGCAUCGAGUGAACAGCGAUCGGAAGAGAGCAAAGGAAAUCCACUUCAAGAUCCAAACCAGCAAGCCGAUCUCCUCAACCAAUUGCACCGCAUUGCCAAGCAACAAGACGAGAAUGCGCAGAAGUUGCCAUCGCCGCCUUUAAAUGCUAAUGGCGCCCGUACCCCUCAACCAGCUCCUGGCGGUUUUCCAUUAAUGGCGGAUCCAGCACUUUUGGCGAGCUUUAUACAAAACCCGGCUCUUCUAAACGCGCAUGUUGAAUCGCAACUCCAGAAAGCCAUCGUCGCAGCGACGCGUGCCAAUAAUGGUCAACAAAUUCCACCACAACUUUUCCAAGAAUUGAAGUUGAUGGCCAACCGCAAUCGCAUUUUCUUGCAACAGCAGACCAUGGCGUUUGCUCAUUUCGCGCAAGCUCGGGCUCAGGCUGCCCAUCAGAUCGCAAUGCAGCAACAACAACAAAACUCCAAGCCUCGCGUACCUGCUCCAGCUAUGGUUCCAGCUUCUGUCCAGAGACAACUUCAUCUUUUGAAAGGUGGAGCUGCUACUAGUGCGGAGAAGAAGGAGAAAACCAGUGGAACUACUAGCGCUGCAUCAGAAUCGGCUGAAGUUCAGCCUGAGAGUGACGUCACGGCGCAGAUGAAACGCCUUCAGAUGCAGCAAAACUACAACACUAUGCUGAACGCGAUGAAUAAUGGUUUGGGAAUGUCGGCGUGGCGCGGACAGCCUGGUCAGGUGCCGCAGCAAGUACAAAUGUUGAUGGCUCAGCAACAACAGCAGCUCGCUCAAGCACACCAUGUUCGAAUGAUGCUCGGCAAGCAACAAGAGCAGAUGAUGAUGGCGAAACUGUUUCAAAUGCAAAAUGCUCAGGCGCAACAGCAAAUGCAGCAGGGACAGGGAAUAAGUCUUGCGCCGGGAGCCGAGCGCGGUGCACAAUACUCGCAACAAGCUGCCCGCCCAGCUGGGGGAAUUCCAUCUGAGCUGGCGCAAGUUGGACCAAUUCAAAGUCCCCUUGAGAAAUUGUUGGCCAAUGCUGGAGUUCAAGCUUCGCAAUUCACUGGAACUACUCCCGAUGAGAAACGCAUUCCGCCUACCGCCAGGCCAAUGUCAUUAGAAGAAGUUGAAAAAGAAUUGGUUGCUCAGCCAAAGUAG